UUUACCUGGAAUUUUUGUGUUCGUAAGAUGUCUCAGUUACGAGUUACGUUGACGAGGACAUAACGAACGCAAAAGACAACUUCCUUUUGGUACGUGACACAUUUGGGGAUUCUGUUCGGUACGGGGUCUUUCCUGUAGUUUUCGUUAAAAUGGGUUUCGUAAAAGUUGUUAAAAACAAGCAGUAUUUCAAACGUUACCAAGUCAAAUUCAAGAGGCGACGCGAAGGAAAGACCGAUUAUUAUGCUCGUAAACGAUUAACUAUCCAGGAUAAAAAUAAAUACAAUACUCCCAAGUAUAGACUAAUAGUACGUCUAUCAAACAAGGAUAUCACGUGCCAGGUUGCGUAUUCAAGAAUCGAGGGAGACAGAAUAGUAUGCGCUGCGUAUAGCCACGAACUUCCCAAGUACGGCGUCAAAGUUGGUCUUACAAAUUAUGCAUCUGCGUAUUGCACUGGUCUUCUUCUGGCUCGCAGAUUACUGUGCAAAUUGGACUUAGAAAAGGUAUAUACUGGAACAACAGAAGUAAACGGAGAUGAAUACAACGUCGAAGAAUCGGAUCAUGGACCUGGAGCAUUCAGAUGUUACCUGGAUACCGGUCUUAUGCGUACAACUACUGGUGCUAGAGUCUUUGGUGCCAUGAAAGGUGCUGUUGACGGCGGUCUCAAUAUUCCGCAUAGUACCAAAAGGUUCCCUGGAUACGACAGCGAAUCGAAAUCUUUUAAUGCCGAUGUCCAUCGGCAGCACAUUUUCGGGCAACACGUUGCAAAUUAUAUGAGAACGUUAGAGGAAGAGGACGACGAGGUUUUUAAGCAGCAGUUUUCGCAAUACAUUAAAAAUGGCAUCACUGCUGAUAGCAUCGAGAGCAUCUAUAAAAAUGCCCACGAAGCAAUACGAAAGAACCCUCAACACACGAAGGUUGUAAGAGAAAAGGAACCCGUGAAAAAGCGGUGGAACCGCGCAAAACUUUCCUUGUCGGAAAGAAAGAACCGUAUCGCUCAGAAGAAGGCUUCGUUCCUCAAGACAUUGGAAGAAGUGGAAGCUUAACUUGGUCGUCAAUCGUUUAUUUUAUAUCGAGAUCAGCGUUUAUCUGGAACACUAAUCGUUACGAAUAUGUGUCAAACAUAUGUAGAAAAAAGCAUGGUACGGAAAUAAAAAAACGUUUGAUGACAA